GAGAGAGAGAGAGAGAGAGAGAGAGAGAGAGAGCGCAAAAGAGAGACAAGGAAAGUGAGAGACAUGGGAGAGAGAGAGAAAGGAGAGAAAGAAAAGGGGAGUUAUUAAGGGGGGCAGCAGAAAAAUAUUGUCUCAGAGUCGUCAGCAGAAGUGAUGGACUCAGCACAUAGAAAGUGAUAGUCUUCUCCUACCGGGCUACAGAGAGCACACUGACCAGACAAUGCUGGCCUCUCACUGCCUGCUGCUCUCUCACUGCCUCUGAGGAAACUACCCAUUACAUCUAACACAUUUGGAUGUAUUCUCUUUUAAUUGUCAACUAUUGAGUGACAGGGUUUACUCAGGUGCCAAAGAGCAAGUGAUCCAGAGAGAGAGGGACAGCCCCAAGCAGCUUUUACACAGACUGGUGAUGACUUUCUUCAAAGGGACACGUCAAUCAGUGUUGCCGGGAGGGCAAGGGAACUGAAGGGAAAACCAGCUACAGUCUACAAUUAUCUGGGUGUGUGUGAGUGAGAGCCCUUCCCAGACUGAUGGAGCUGCCCGUGGUGCUGCUGUUCCUAGUGUAUGGUCUUGUCUCUGGAGCCAAGCAGCCCCAGGGUCUGAGGAACCCUCAGGAGAGCAACCCCCAGGUCAGGAGCAAGGAAAGGGAGAGCAGUGAGGAUGGCCUGGAGAGAGCGUUCCUGUAUGCUGGGCAGAGGAGCAGGCGAGCCGCCGCCGAACCCCAGCAGCCCGACAAGUGUUCCUACACCUUCAUCGUUCCGCAGCAGAAGGUGACAGGGGCCAUCUGUGUGAACCGCAAGGAGCCGGAUGCAGCACUGGAGAACCGCGUCAGCAAGCAGGAACUGGAGCUGCUGAACGUGGAGCUGCAGAAGCAGAAGAAUCAGAUCGAGACGCUGCAGCAGCUGGUUGAGGUGGACGGAGGUAUCGUCAACGAGGUGAAGCUGCUGAGGAAGGAGAGCAGGAACAUGAACUCCAGGGUGACCCAGCUCUACAUGCAGCUGCUACACGAGAUCAUCAGGAAGAGGGACAACUCCCUGGAGCUGUCCCAGAUGGAGAACCGUAUCCUCAACCAGACCUCGGAGAUGCAGCAGCUCACUAACCGCUACAAGGACCUGGAACACAAGUACCAGCACCUGGCCACUCUGGCCAACAACCAGUCGGUCCUCAUCGCCCUGCUGGAGGAGCAGUGCCAGGGUCGGCCCGUCAGCCCCCCUCGCCCUGUUCCCAUCCCCCAGCCAAGGCCACAGCCCCCACCCCCACCUGCACCAUCACCACCCAUCAACAAGCCCUACCAACCUCCCACCUACCCACGCCUCACCAACCAGAUCACCAAUGAGAUUCAGAGUGACCAGAAGUCUGUACUGCCUGUCAUUCCUACCAUGCUCAGCGGCACAGGCAGCCCCUCUAUCACUACCAAACCCUCUGGGCCAUGGAAGGACUGCCUUCAGGCCCUUGAGGAUGGCCACACGGCCAGUGGCAUGUACCUGGUGAAGCCAGAGAACGCCAACAAACUAAUGCAGGUGUGGUGUGACCAGAGACACGACCCUGGUGGCUGGACCGUCAUCCAGAGGAGGCUGGACGGAUCAGUCAACUUCUUCAGGAACUGGGAGACUUACAAGCAAGGCUUUGGGAACAUUGAUGGAGAGUAUUGGCUGGGCCUGGAGAACAUCUACUGGCUGACCAACCAGAGGAACUACAAGCUGCUGGUGACUCUGGAAGACUGGUCUGGGAGGAAGGUGUUUGCAGAGUACGCCAGCUUCAGGCUGGAGCCUGAGGCAGACUUCUACAAGCUUAGGGUGGGCCGGUACCAUGGCAACGCCGGAGACUCCCUCACCUGGCACAAUGGCAAACAGUUCACUACGCUGGACAGAGACCAUGAUGCAUAUACAGGUAACUGUGCCCACUACCAGAAGGGAGGCUGGUGGUACAAUGCAUGUGCCCAUUCUAACCUCAACGGAGUAUGGUACAGAGGAGGACACUACCGCAGUCGCUACCAAGAUGGAGUCUACUGGGCUGAAUUCAGAGGAGGUGCCUACUCCCUGAAGAAAGUAUCUAUGAUGAUACGACCGAACCCAAACACCUUUCAUUAAAUAUCCAUAAACAAGACCAAGUAGCCCCUUUUCAAAACGACUUCCUCUCCACAAAAACCUCAAUUCAAACAGCUCUUGAACUCUGAAAUAAAGGCAUCUCACACAGCCAGAUCAAGACGAUGAUGACAUAGAAAGUGCAAUAUCUAAGCCUCAGGCAGGACUCUUGGUGGAGCAAUAAAGGAGAAGCAGGGUGCAUCCUGUUUCUCCACAGACAAACACAUGUAACGGUGUGGCUGUAUGCUUGCUUCUCUUCCUUUAAAUUUAGUUCAAAUGUGUCUGUUUACCUAACUUUUGAGCGAAGUGUACUACUGCCUUAGAACUGAUGGUAUGGUGUGAUUCAUAUGGGGUGCCAGGGUAGCCUAGUGGUUAGAGCGUUGGACUAGUAACCGGAAGGUUGAAAGUUCAAAUCCCCGAGCUGACAAGGUACAAAUCUGUCAUUCUCCCCCUGAACAGGCAGUUAACCCACUGUUCCUAGGUCGUCAUUGAAAAUAAGAAUUUGUUCUUAACUGACUUGCCUAGUAAAAUAAAAAGGUUUUAAAAAAUGGGAGAAAACAGGAGCGUAUGUCAGUUCACAGUGCUCACACUAAGUAGCUUGGAAUAGCAAUCUUAUAUUGUAGUCCGUAUGUUUUAUAGUACAGAACAUAAUUUUAUGAGAAUGAAGAUGACGCAGGACAUUAUAUCCAGUGACUAACCUUAUGGUGUUUAAAUCAAGCUCUUCAGGUGAGUAAUUUAUAGGAAACAAUAAUCACAUUUCUUAAACCAUGGUAUAGAUAGGUACUCUUAAUAUGUUAGCCAUAAUCUUAGUCAACGUACACAAUCUAAUGUCUAUCACUUAUGUAAAAGGCGGAAUAGAUACAAGAGUCUGCUCUACAGCACUAGUACUGUCAACAGUUAUGACCUGAUAUCUGGCUUACAAACUCAAAGUAACUAUGAUUUAGAUCAUUCCAAUGAACAUACAGCUGGUGUGGUAGAGUGCAAGGUACAGGGAAUCAUGACAACUAACUUAAACAUACAGUGCACUGGGAAAAUAUUCAAACCCCUUGACUUUUUCCACAUUUUGUUACCUUACAGACUUAUUCUAAAAGUAAUUAAAUAGUCCCCCCCCCCUCAGCAAUCUACACACAAAGCCCCAUAAUGACAAAACAAAA